CAGCUCAAUAGACGAGCCCGCGCACACUUCCUAAGCGGGCGAGCGAGCCCAGCGCCUCCCUCCUUCGGGACGGGGAUGAAGUCCUGCAAGCCCAGCAACCCAGCUGCGGCACCGCGCGCCGCGCCCCCGUGCGCAGGCGGCGCCGAGUGCUCGGGUACGUGCGCCGGGGCCGGGCGGCUGGAGAGCGCGGCGCGCAGGCGCCUGGCGGCCAACGCGCGUGAGCGCCGUCGAAUGCAGGGACUCAACACGGCCUUCGACCGCCUGCGCCGGGUGGUGCCCCAGUGGGGCCAGGAUAAAAAGCUGUCCAAGUAUGAGACCUUGCAGAUGGCGCUGAGCUACAUCAUGGCGCUGACCCGCAUCCUGGCCGAGGCCGAGCGAUUCGGCUCCGAACGGGACUGGGUCAGUCUCCACUGUGAGCACUUUGGCCGCGACCACUACCUUCCGUUCGCGGGCGCGAAGCUGCCGGGUGAGGGUGAGCCCUACGGCCAGAGGCUCUUCGGCUUCCAGCCGGAGCCCUUCCAGAUGGCCAGUUAGGGCGCGCGGCCCUGCCAGGGUGAGACGCACAGCGAUCGAGCACGGGACCUAUCGGAAUCGUAGCCCUUUCCCCAGUAGGUGGCCUAGGAUGCGUUCUUAGAAUAAAGUAGAAAACUUUCAGAUUACUUUUAUUCGCAUCACCAGUCUUAUGGACACGAUUUUAUUGCCUUUCUGUUUUCCUCCUCAAUCAGUAUUUUGUAGGUUUCAUUAUUGGAUCUUAUGAAUGGUUUUGAUUGCUGUGAAAAUGUUCUCUCCCCCUUUUUUGGACUAGUUUAAGGGAAAACAGUCUUAAGAAAAAAUAGGAUUAGGCUAUACUGCAGUUUUAGUCCUCAGAGAAAUAAUCGCUUUCUUAAACUUAGUAAGUUUGACCUGUUCGGGUGAAGUUACAAUAUCCAUUACU